UGGGUCAACAACAGAAAUAGUUUGUUAUUUGCUAAACAAAAGUUUGCGGAUUGGAGUUUGACAAACUGUCUGUUCUCUGCACGAUGUUCGUGAACCGUGCCCGUGAGGCACCAUCUGUCGCCUCCACAAGAGUCUUGAAAACACAUCGGAUGAAUUCAGUCGAACAUUUUCGGUUACAGGAGCGAGUGAAAACAAUUGACUACGAGAGCCAACAUAACUAUUCACAAAUCUCGGACGAAAUCGAUGGCGUUCGCCAAAACUUGGUCAAAAUCAAAGGAGUUAAGAAAAAUGUCGGAGUAAGCGUUGAGAGGCGAAAGCUUCUGCGUGAUAAAGGCCUGCGGAUUCUGCCUUCCAAGCAAAAAGGCGAUGUGGAUUAUUUUACGGUGCGCGCACCAAAUGGAAAAGACAUCAAUAUACCUUGUUCGGAUUUCUAUGACGGAGACACACUUAGAAAACAACUCAAUAUCGAUAAAUUUGAUUUGGCCGUGACGCCAAGUCUCGAAGAUGAAAACUCCGACAAUGAGGACCCAAUCGAUUUCGUGCCGACCGAUAGUCGAGGGCGAUGUCACAGUGUGCCGGCGUUAAACCUGAAAGAGUUCCGCUACAGAAACAUAACACCUCCUUUAAGGCCAGGGUCCAGAAGGAACUUUAAGAAUGUUGAAGACGAAAACUCCGAAGAUGACGAGAAAUUGCUCACCCUUGAGAACUUCACGAGCAGAGAAAGGAAAUACGGAAUCUUGAGGCCACAAACUGCCUACGCUGAGAGAGAAAGGCAGGCUAGUCGGCGUCCUAGGAGUCGUACAUGUCCAGCUAAUAUUCAAGAGAACGAAGGCAAGGUACCAUAUAGAAAGCUAUCGCGGAAAAGCUCACAAGUAGCGGGAAACAACAGGAAAAAGUCACGCGGUAAUGAUUCUUUAGUAAGUGAGACGAAUCCCUCCGAGAAAUCAGCCGAACAAGAACAACAAUCAGAUAAUCAGCAGAGGGAAAAUUGCAAUAAUAACGUGGUUUUAGAAGAGACAAUUCCUCUAAAGCCCUCUAUCAGGCCAAGAUUGCGACCCAGGUCAUUAACUGUGGGUUCUGGUGCGCGAAACACUGGUGUGUCCCGUACUGUUGCUGGAAUGAGAAGAAUGAGUUUAGAUACUGAUGAAGACAUUGAACUUCCACCCAGCCCAUCGGGUGCAAAGUGGUUUCAAUCACACACACCAGAAACAAGUCCUCGGGUCCCCAAGAAAAGCGUGACUAUUGUAAAUGAAGAAAACAAGAAGGGAGCAGAUCGGAGGUUUUCGGCUAAACCAGAUCGGAAAGUCUCGUGGAAGGCCAAUAAUAAGCUUAGCGAGGCUUGCAUGCCUUCCGAUGGAUCGUACAUGGAGAGGACUGUGGUUAGGAGGGGAAGUUCGUUGAGCGAGAACAGUCAACAAAGAAGCGCCGGACGCGUGAACAGUGCACCCCAACCACGUCAGCGAAAUCCAACGCACCCGGUCAGGAAAGGACCAAAAGUGAACGGAAGGAGAUCAAGCCAUGAUUUUGUAUAUGAUGCGCGGCCUGAUAAGGCCCUGAGUAAAGGCUACAUGACUAUGCAGAUGACGAUUGGCAACAAGCAAGUCAAGGUGUAUGUACCGAAGUUUUCACCAGGCGAGUGUCUGGAUGACGUCACGGUCGAGAGAGCCCGGGCAAAGUCGGCUGUAAAAGCUGCAGUGGGGAUCAGUCGACCUGUGGCUGGAAAAAGGAAAUAAAUUGCGUUCUGGACAUGCGCAGAAACGGCGGUGUCUUUCUCCGCUUCUACUGUACAGGAUGUCUCUUUUCAAACAAAUUUUCCACGAAAUUAUGUUCAAAGUUUAGAACUGCCUACAUCAUCUUAAUUAUACUACCUUUACAAGGCAAUGUAGUCAGAUUUAUAUUCAAUUCGUUCUUUUUUAAGGGCAAAAUAAAUUUUGUUGAGAAAAUGAAACUCGUUUCUCUAACUGACUUUUUGUCAGAAACACACAGAUAGGUAUCAAAAUAAAGUCUCAAAAAGUCUCUACAAUUUUUGCCCAGGAAGCGAAAAAUGAAACUGGAGACAGUGCCCAGAGGAUACAUUUUUGGUUGGUGAGUUCCCUCUCGUCUCUCAUCGUGUAGAAAGAGAAGGAAAUCUCUCUCUCUCUGGGUAUUGGUACUGUGACCUUAAUUACAUUCUCAGACUGAAUGCUGACGUCGCUGGCCUCAGGCGAUUUAAGCCGUAAUGGGAAUCAUUUGCGACUUGUACGUUUUCCAUUCCUUGCUUGCAUUAUUGCCCGGGGGGAGGGGGGCACUCCCAUCUAGAAGUUAGAUGGGUAUGUACCGUUGUGAAGGGUAUGGUUUUCAGGCAGCUUAGUAAACUCCCGAAAGUAGCGACACCCCUGAAAGUAGCGUCAAAAAUUGUGGCCGCUAAUAAAUCCCAAGAGUAGCGACCCCCCGAAAGUAGCGAGCCCUCCGAAAGUAACGAGUCCACUCCUCUCCCACCAAAAAUAGUCAAGUGAAAUUUGCCGUACGGUCACUUGAUUUAAGGCACUCUAGCUUUACAACAACGGAAGGUAUCGCUUAUGCCACGAAGCGUUGUGAAAUGUCAGUUCGUAUUUCGUGAGUUCAUGUUGCGCCGUGUUAAAAAAAACCCUUAGAAUUUUCAACAAGAAACAGGAACAUUCGAAGAUGAACUUUUUGUAAAAAUUAAAAAUUAAAACUCUGUAUGAUUUUCAACAGGAGCGUAUUAAAUGGAACGUUUCUUCAAAUUUAAAUUGAAAACUCGACCAAAAUACUGAGAUAUUGUUAAAGCAGAGUAGCACAGCAGUCUGUUAUGAAGUAGAAACAGUUUACGGUAUCUGAUUAGCUUUCCUGCCGACCACUGAGAACACAGUCUAGGUAGGAAGAGCCCAACGUUAUGGUAGCAGUAUAGAUUUAAACUGGAACGAAGAAUUUGAUCUGAUGUUUAAAGAACUGUUUUUACGAAUUUCCUUCCUUCGGACAUAUUUCACAGGCAUGCUUUGCGCGCCUAGUCGAACCAUAUUAUCAAAUAGGCGUUUCAACAAGUUGUUCGGCAACCUUUUGGCAACUUCUUGUAUUUCGGGCAACUUUUUUUCGUCUCGACCAACUUUUUGCAUUCUGAGCAAUUUCUAGUUUUCCAUCAAUUCUGAGAAAUCGGAGCAGCCUUUAGUGCUUAAAUUCGCCUUGCUUCCUUAUUUCAUAAUGUUUUAGUAGACAAGUUAAUGAUUUCCUGUGAGAAAGAAGCCAGAUCCCCUUCCCCUCGGGGGCAGAUCAUGGCUGCAAGAUGAUGCAGACGGGCUGCUAGGUCAGCGUUUUUUUUUUUAAAAUUCAAAAUGGCGGACGAAGAUUCACACUCGACUGACUCGAGUGUCUCAGGUGAAGAAUUUUUUCGAGAUUAAUAUAAUAUUAAUAUUGAUGCGAAGUCUUUACU